UAAUCCUUCCUUUUGAUAGAUCUCUUUUCCCCGGAUCUUAUUUUUCAAAAGCGCGGUUUCUAGGGUUUGGUUUUGGAACAAACUCUGGUUUUUUCACGAAAUUAUGGUCGUUGACUUUCAUUUGGGAUCUGGAUCUGCUAGAUCGGGGUUGAUUUUUUUUUUCCUUACAGGGUUUUAAGCUGAUUCAGUUGUCUUUCAUCCUUUUUCUGUUAACUCUAGUGUGCUUUUGCUUGAUGUUGUGAAAUUUUGUGCCAAUGAUGUUUGGGUGGUUGACAUGUUGAUUUUUUUUUUUUGGUUUUUGUUAAAAUUACUAGUAAUUAUCGAUUGAUCUGUUACUCGGAACUAUGACUGGUUGGUGCGAGACGUUUAAUCUAUUAUCUCGAGUAAUUUGUUUAUGUUAUAUGUAUAUACAUAUUUUGGAUUAUUUUUUUCUUUCCAAUUUCAAUUUUUGUCAAAUCUUCUCCAAAAGAAUUCAUGUUUCAAAAGUAUAGUUUCAGAUCGAUGAUAUUAAACUGUAAGGUCUUGCCGUUUUGAGCACGCAAAUUAGUAUUUUGUUGGGUUGUCUUCUUUUUUUCCCCUAAACAAUUAUUUCUGCAUUAAUGAACUUUUGAGCACGCAAAUUAGUAUUUUGUUGGUUGUCUGAUUUUUCCCCCUAAACGAUUAUUUCUGCAUAAAUGAACUUUAAGUAGUUCUUUCUAGCAGUUUUAUCUGAGUUGGUUGGUUUGGAAGAUUCGACUUCAGUUUUAUUGGCUGUCUGAGAUCAAAUUUGGCAUCUUGAUUUAUCUCUUUUAGGCCUCGUUUGGUAUGAUAGAAGAGUUUUUGAUAGAAUUGUUUUUGAUAGAAUUGGAAUCAAAAUUGGAAUCGGAAUCAAAAUUAGAAUUGAAUUGAGUUUUAAAAGUGUUUUUGGUAUGAAGAUGGAAUCACAAUAUAAUUUUAAUAAGUAUAUGUAUUUAAAAUAAAAAAAAUCAAAGCACCUUUUAUUUUACUUUUUUAAUGAAAAACUUAGCAAUUGAAAAAUAAAGAAUGUACUUUUAAAGCUCAAAAUACCCUUUAUUUUUUUUUAUUGACACAUAAGCCAAUUCUAUGUUGAGUUUGUCAAUUCCAUGGUUUUUACAAUGAAAUUGGGUUCCAUCAAUUUUGAUGGAAUCAGAUUCUUUCAAGAAAGCAAUUCCAUUCCAGCACACCAAACAAGUCAACUGGAUAAUUUCAUGUCUGAUUCCAUUUCCCUACUCACAAUUCUAAGAUACCAAACAUGGCUUAGGGUUGUUGGAAGGGGUUUCUAAUGUGAAUAACCUCAUUGUUACUUGAUUUUUUGUAGCAGCUUCGGAUGAGAUGAAAGUUUGAAUUCUAUUAUAAAACUUCAUAAUCGGGAGCAGAUCAACUUUAUUUAAUUAAAUUGAGGUCAUAGAGAUGAGAAACGUGUGCGAUAUGAAUAGUGACUGCAGUGUUCGUGAUGCUAGGUCAUUUUUGAUGUCGUGGUCUGUGCCAUCACCUCCACUGUUUCUUUAAAAGUAAACAAGGUCUAGAGUUCUAUUCCAGUUCUAUCGGAGCUUCUAAGUUCCAGCCUGUGUAUAAGAAUUGAUCUAGUAGAUAGAAAUGGAAGCAAACAUCGCCAAGGAAUCGGAUAGACUUGUGCUUAGUCAGAAGCGGAAGCGGGCUACCCAAUGUGCUGCAUAUCUAAGUGAAGCAUCCUGUGAAGUUUCACCACACUACCCAUCCAUAACAUUGCCAAUGAAAAAGCUUGUGAAGCACAGGAGGCUGGAUGGGUAUAAAAAUGAGCUGACAGGAAACGAGACUCAUUUUAGACAAUCUUUACUUAGGUGCUAUUGGAACUUUAAGAAAAGUGGGAGGCCUCAACGUUUGCUGUUUUAUCAGAAUAAUGAGUGGAAUGACUACCCUCAGGAUAUUGUUGACCUGGUCAGGAAAGAUUUUGAGGUAAAGAAUGCUGCUGUGGAGAUUGAGUUUGAUGACCGUCAACUUGUGCUAGAUUUUUUGCACAUGUAUCAGAUGGACCUGAAAACUGGUUCACAGCAACCUAUUUCCUGGAUUGAUGAGGCAGGGUGUUGCUUCUUUCCUGAAGUUCAUGUUGCUUCUGAUGAUGAACCGUAUGAGGGUGGGAAAAUUUAUGAUCCUUAUGAAUGUAAUGAGUCUUAUGAAUCUAAUGAGAUAAAGCUGCAUUUAGAAAUUGAAAUAAAUGGAGUUGGUGAAUCUAACCUGAGGGAAUGUAGUGGGGAAUCUAAUGCUCUAGUUAAGCAUAUUCAUAUCGGUGCAAAACCUGCCAGCAAUCAAUAUGAUGUAGACAUCGAGGAUAGCAGUAAUAAUCCAGAUAAAGGAAAUGUUGGUGAAGCUAUUGAGAAAAAUCUAGAGUUAGGUUUAGAUAAUUAUACCAAAUCUGUAAAUGGAAAGAUGGACAUAAAUACUGUACAGGAGUUGUUUCUUAAGGGAAUGAGUAGUCUUGGAAGUACAAACAUAGUUAACAUAUAUAGCUGCUCAAGCACUUUGCUGCCAGCUCGAUUGGAACUAUUCCAGAAGCAAGUAGAAAUUACAGAGAAGUGUCGUGGGAACGCAAAUGUUCAAUAUGUGUGGCUUGCUUCUUCAAAAACAGAGUUGUCUACAAUUAUGAAGUACGGGGUUGGGCAGUCAAUGCAUGGCCCUGUUGUGCAUCUUGCAGCUGCUAAUAGCCCUCACAGCAGGGCAAGUUAUUGUGAUGUUGACGAAAAUGGAGUACGGCACAUGGUGUUAUGCCGUGUAAUAUUGGGGAACUUGGAACUUCUUUGUCCUGGCAGUAGACAAUUUCAUCCCAGUAGUAAUGAUUAUGAUAGCGGGGUGGAUGAUAUUGAGAGCCCCAAAUGCUUUACAGUGUGGACUAUGAACAUGAAUACUCACAUAUAUCCAGAGUUUGUCGUUAGUUUCAAGGUUUCUUCUGAUUUUGAAGGGAAAUUUUUUGAAAUUGAGAGCAAGUCUAACGUAUCUGGGGUUACUACUGCUACUGCUUUUCAAGGUCCUCAAGGCUCUGUACAUACAGAGUCUUCUACUGUUGAUAUGCUACAUGAGAUGUCUCAGGGAAAGGCUGCUAGUGCAUCUGCUUGUUCUUCAAGAGCUCCAAAGUCCCCUUGGAUGCCAUUUCCUAUGCUUUUUGCUGCUAUCUCUAAUAAGGUUCCUCCCAAGGAUAUGGAGCUCAUCAAUAUGUAUUAUGAGCAAUUCAGGGCAAAGAAGAUAGCCAGAGAUGAUUUUGUGAAGAAGCUGAGGGUGAUAGUAGGAGAUAAUCUGUUGAGAACUACAAUAACAAACCUUCAAUGCAAGAUGCCAUUCAAAUCAUCAAGUGAUUCAACUAAGAGCAACGUAACUGCAGUGAAGCCUGAGGCUGCCUCUGAAUGAGAGAGGUUAGAGAUCUCUGACUCUGGGAUGAUGUCUUUGGAGCUCUGUAUCUUUUACUUCGCAUUAUGUGUCGACAUGAAGCUGUGAAUAUUAUGUUUGCUUGUUUCCGGACAGUAGCUUUUAGGCAUGAGACGUCUUUUCUUUGCUUUCCCUGACUUUUUGUACUCGAAGUUGGUUGAUACUGGGAUCAUUAGAGUUUAUUUUGAUUUGGCUGUGACAAUGCAUCAUUUGUUUGACUUUUGCCUUAAGUAUCUUGUAACUUGCAAACUCGAUAUUAGACAUUUGCUUUUGCAUUUUCUAACUAGGUUUUUAACGUUUGAA